AGUGCACAAAGAUCGGUUUCCGGGGCACGGAGUCGAUAAUGGGACGCAGCCGUGGAGUAUGUAUUUUCCGCAUAUGCCUCCGUUUCAUUGGAUUUACUUUUAUUUUAACCAACGAUAGUGGCCGAGUAGGCGGUCGUAUCGUAAAAGGCACGUUCAUUUAGGCGGAAGUGAGUGUAUUGCGUCGCUGCAGCGUGUACCCACAACAAACUGGCAUUAUGAUGACCCAAUCAAUGAAUCAUGACGAUGAGCUGGUUCAGACGAAAAGGAGUAAGACCCUGAUAAUACGGCACCUGCCUGCAGAACUGACCCGGGAUGAAAAAGAAGAUCUGUUGAAAUAUUUUGGUGCCGUUUCAGUGAGGGUGUUCUCAGAUAAAGGAUUGCUGAAACACACAGCUUUUGCAAGUUUUUCAAAUGAAAAAGCAGCAGGGAAGGCUCUGACCAGACUUCACCAACUGAAGAUCCUGAAUCACACACUAGUUGUUGAAUUUGCGAAGGACCAUGAAAGUGUCACCACUUUGAAGGAUCCUCCAGUUUCAGACAGUGUAACUGAGGGCAAGGAGGUACAGGUGAAGAAAGAGCAACAACUGAAUAUUCCCCUAAUUGAGACUGGAGCUGCUCCAAGCCUUGGGUUGAAAUUUCAGACGAAUCCGAGUCUGAAAUAUUUAUACCCACCCCCUUCAAACGGAAUUCUGACAAACAUUGCACAUACCCUUGUGAGUGUGCCAAAGUUCUAUAUUCAAGUUCUUCAUCUGAUGAACAAGAUGAACCUCCCCGCUCCAUUUGGUCCUAUCACAGCCAGACCCCCCAUGUUCGAGCCAACUCCAGCUCCACCUCCCCCAAUGCCACCCUUCCCCCCAGAAUACCCCCCACUGCCAGAGGAGGAGAUGGAGUUUUCCAGCGAAGAAGAGUCGGAGUAUGAAAGUGAUGACAACGAGGAGAAAGAGAGGAUGGUUAGGCUAAUGGGGCUGGUGAACCAGCCAAUCAAAAGAUCCCUGGGGAAAAAAAGGUCCUCCACAAGGAAGAAGCCAAAGUUAAAGGACCUCCUUUUUGUUCCCAAAGUGGAUUCACAGAGCGGAUCCAUCUCUGCCCUGCAGCCCGCUGAUGUCUUUGAACAGCCACAGACCUGCGGGCAGAAAAAAAUUGAGUUCCACAUCACGACUGAUGUUACGGGAAUCCAGGAAGGCACCACUGAAAUGCAAGAAGAAAAGUCCAAGGAGACAGAGGAUAAUGCUGAGGAGGACAGCACAGAUGAACCAGGAGAUGGCUUCGGGAAGAUAUAUCCCACACCUCACGUAGCACAACAGGAGGAAGAUGGUGAUGAAGAUGAUGAUAUCCCCUCAGAAUUAAUCUCCAGGAGAGAACUACAGAAAGGACGACUCUCCCGAGAUGAGAUUAAAAGGAUGUCCGUGUAUAAAAAUUAUGAGUCUGGAGAACCCACAUGCAGACUCUACGUAAAAAACAUUGCAAAGCAAGUCGAAGAAAAGGACUUGAAAUAUAUCUAUGGAAGAUACAUUGACAUUUCCUCGGAGGCAGAGAGAAAUAUGUUUGAUAUUGUUUUAAUGAAAGAGGGACGAAUGAAAGGCCAAGCUUUCAUUGGACUUCCAAAUGAAAAGAGUGCAGAGAAGGCUCUUAGGGACACCAAUGGAUACGUGCUCCAUGACAGGCCGCUUGUUGUGCAAUUUGCCAGGUCCGCAAAACCGAAACCAGAUUCAAACGACCCAAAGAAAGGACCAAAGAAAAGGUGAACAGAGUCCUCUACUGAUAAAUUCUCCAAAUACCCAGAAGGCGAUUUGUAUGUAAUUUAACAAAAGAUGUAAAAAGUACACUUAUAAUAAAGUGUUUUUUGAAAUUGA